UUUCGGAAGUCGGUAAAGAGCCCGGAAUUUGUAACAAACCCCGUACUUUGAAAACUGAAACUUCCUGUCCAAAAAAAAAACUGAAACUACUGGUAUCAGAAUUGGUUGGAGCUUCGAAGAGAGAGAAAAAAUGGCGAGACUGAUUCGAAACAAACUCGGAUUAACUCAGUUUGUAACUCAGUCCAACAUUCUAGGGUUCAAUUUAGGGCUAAAAUCAUGCAAUAGUAGGAGAUUGUUGGAAACCCUAGCUUUUGAAGAAGUAAGAUCUUCCAAUUCAAUUGAUAAGCCGUCUGAUUGUACUGCAUUCAUUCUUCAUGGACUUUUGGGUUCCGCAAGAAAUUGGCGAUCAUUUGCUCGCAAUCUUUCUUCUUAUCUCUCCACUAAUUCCUCCUCUGAAUGGAGAUUGGUGCUUGUUGACUUAAGGAAUCAUGGGAAUUCAGCUGUGGUGCAAGGUCUUCACCCACCACAUGAUCUGGACAAUGCUGCUGCUGAUUUGGCUAAUCUAGUGAAAUCUCAAGGUUGGGAUUGGCCUGAUGUUGUUAUGGGGCAUUCCUUGGGUGGCAAGGUUGCAUUGCAGUUUGCUCAGGGUGGGUCUAGUGGAGAUUAUGGUGAUUCCAUAACAUUGCCAAAACAGUUAUGGGUACUGGAUUCGGUGCCUGGAGUUGUGAAUCCUGAAGACAGUAGUGGAGAAGUAGAGAAAGUACUGGAGACCUUGCAAAGUCUUCCUUCACAAAUCCCUUCUAGAAAGUGGCUUGUGGAACACAUGAUAAAGCUGGGGUUUUCAAAGUCAUUGUCAGAGUGGCUAGGCACUAACCUAAAGAAAUCUAAUGACCAUGAGACAUGGGCAUUCAACCUCGACGGUGCAUUUCAGAUGUUCAACUCUUACAGGGAGAAGGACUACUGGCCUCUCCUAGGGAACCCUCCGAGAGGAAUGGAAAUUUCAAUUGUACAAGCUGAGAACAGUGAUAGAUGGGAUCCAUAUGUUAUACAGAGGCUUGAAUCUCUUACCAGGAAGGAAAGAGAUGGAUCUGAGGGGAAAUUUUCUCUUCAUGUUCUUCCUAAAGCUGGGCAUUGGGUUCAUGUAGAUAAUCCAAAGGGACUCUUGGAUAUUGUUGCUCCCAGGAUUGCUUCGUUGAAAUAAGACUAUAUGGAGGAUAAAGAAAGUUCUUGGCGUCUUCUCCAACAAUGUAUCGGUAGAUAUUCUGAUUUAAACUAUUUCUGCCAUCCAGUCUUUUCCAAUUGACUGCAAAGGUGUGCAUGAAACAAAAUAAUUACAAAACCAAAUUCUUAGUUGUCCUGUGUUAUGAAGUUUUUCGUUGAUUUGUCAGCAAUAAUAUUCUAAUUACUUGCUGUUUAGUGGGUUCUAUGCUGUGCAUUGUAAAAUUGACUGGUUAAGAGAAAUUUGUAGCAUAUAAGCAAACACUUGACAUUCAUUUCAUUAAUCAAUAUACUUUUCUGAUGAUGGGAACAGAAUUGAUGAA